CAGAGGGAACAGCUGUUUGUUUCAUGCUGCGAGACUGCAGGAAGGAUUUCUUUGAGUCUUUGAUCUCCAGACGGUCAGAAUGCGAUGGACUUGUCCUGUUUUAAUUUUGUUCAUCUUUGCCUGCAGCGUCAGGGCAAAGAAGAUGCGGUGGUGCACCGUGUCUGAUCCCGAACAGAGGAAGUGUGCAGAGCUGGCUAAAGCCCUGGCAGCUGUGCUGCCACCGGCUGCUCUUGCGGCUUUUGCCAGACUCUCGUGCAUACGAGCGACAAGCACGACAGACUGCAUAGAUAGGAUCAAGGGUAACCGUGCUGAUAUUGUGACCUUAGACGCAGGAGAGGUUUAUUCUGCGGUCAAGCAGUUUGACCUCGUCGCCGUAGCCAAAGAGGUCUACAGCGACGGAGGCUGUAUUCUGUCUAUAGCUGUGGUGAGAAACAGCAGCCUGGACAUCCAGUCUCUGAGGGGCCUCCGGAGCUGUCACAGUGGGGUUCGAUGGACGGCCGGAUGGAGCCUUCCGCUCGGCUUCCUGCUGUCAAGAAACUACCUGAGUUGGUCAAAAGAGCAUCCGCUCAGUCAGGAUGUCGGCGCUUUCUUCAACGCCAGCUGUGUCCCUGGAGCUGCUGCCAUGGCGCCUCGCCUGUGCACUCUGUGCCAAGGUCAGAAGUCCUACAUUCGCCAGAAGAAUUACCACUGCGAAACGUCCCACAACGAGCCCUUCUUCAACAACCAGGGAGCUCUCAGAUGUCUAAAGAGGGGUGUGGGAGAUGUUGCGUUUUUGGACCAUUUAAGUCUUGAAACUAUUGAAGAGAGUGACCGAGAAGACUUCCGGCUGUUGUGUGCGGACGGCACACAAGCUCCUCUCAGCCACUACAGAAAGUGUAAUCUGGGCCGUGGCCCCGGGGGGGGCACUGUCACCAGACACAAUUUUCGCAAAGUUGUCCGAAAGUUUCUCACUACCGUGCAGAUGCUGUUUGGCCGCCAAGGAAGAGAGAAGCAACGCUUUGAAAUAUUCGACUCCACCAGUUUUGGAGAGAGCGACCUUCUCUUCAGAGACCUGACGGACAAACUGGCGGUUCUCCCAGACGACAUGGACGUCAGUCAGGUUCUGGGCCUGGACUACGUUGCGCUCCUCAAAGGUCUCGGCCAUGAAGGAAGCUCCUUGGAGGACAGCGUUGUGCGGUGGUGCUGCAUCAGCCACGCAGAGCAGAAGAAGUGCGAGCAGUGGGCCCUCAGUAUCAAGUCCGACCCUCUGGUGUGUGUUAAAGCCGCGUCGAUGCGCGACUGCAUCGAGAAGAUAAAGAGGGAUGAAGUGGAUGCUGUGUCACUGGAUGCGACCCACUCGUUCAUCGCAGGGAGGUGUGGCCUCGUUCCCGUGGUGACUGAAUAUUAUGGAGGAACCUGUGUGCCGUCUGAAGGAUCAGCUCAUUUAGAGACGGACGUGUUGCCCACAGUCGUGGGUGUCGCGAUUGCAAAACGCUCCAGCAGGAGCAUCUACAUGGGGAACCUGGGAGGCCGGCGCUCCUGCCACGGCCACAUGUACAGCCCCGCUGGCUGGCUGCUGCCGUACAGGCACAAUUUAAGUCUGGAGCACAACAGCAGCUCUCCAUGUGAUCCAGACCAAGUGUUCAACACGGUGUUCUGGAAAGGCUGUCUGCCUGGAGCUCAGGGGGAUCUCUGCAAGGUGUGUAUGGGCGGCACGGGAGAGGCUGCCACCAAACGCUGCGCUGACAACCACAACGAGCGUUACUAUGGCAACAUGGGGGCUUUAAGGUGCCUUGUUGGAGAUCCAAGUGGCAAAAGCUACGGGGACGUGGCCUUCCUUGAGCAGCACAACCUUCUUGCCAACAUCGCUGGUUUGAGCUCCACCGGCUGGGCAGAGGGGUGGGAGUCGUCACACUUUGAGCUGCUGUGCAGCGACGGUAGCCGUGCCCCGUUGUCGGAGUGGAGAACUUGUAAUCUGGGAGUGAUUCCGCCAAACACCGUCAUGACACGGCCCGUGCUCACAGCACGAGUGUACGACUUCCUUAUGAAGUCACAGGAAACUUUGGCGGCCAAUCCCCAAGCAGAGUUCAAACUCUUUGAGUCUGAACAAUUUGGAGAAAGCGAUCUACUGUUUAAAGAUGCAACACAGUGUUUGGUCCACACGAGCCACAUGGACUACCGCUCCAUCCUGGGAGAGGACUUCAGCACUCAUGUGGAAACUGUCUUCAACUGCACACACUCUGAUAUCCUGGAAUUUUGUGAUCAAGACGUAUGCAGUAUAUUCUGAUGGACACGCAGGAGAAAACACUACAUUUGUAUCUAUGCCACACGUUUAUUUUGUCUAUAUCAAAGGACUGAAACCCUUCAUAAAAAGUUACUGGAUGACUUCUCAGACAAAAUAAAAUUAUGUUUACAACAUCAAAAUAAAUUUGUAAUAUCAGUGCCUUACAAAAUGUUGCAUAAAUGAUAUAAAAAUGUCU